GCUUUUUCUUCGUUUCAGGAACGAAAGGGCAGCUGGUCCCUCAUGAAAAUCUUUCUAGUUUGUCUGUUGGCGUGUGUUAUCACCACGGCAAUAGGAGUGCUGGUCCUGUCCUUGGUCUAUGUGAACAGCACUCCCUUUAUGAGAGAGAUGGAUGUUAAAAAUGAUGGCACAUCUUCCCCAAAAGCAGAUGAAAAAAGUGUGGAUAUCCGAUUCCAAUUCCUGAAUCAUCUGGGGAAAUCAAAGGACUGGAUUCACACAAAAUCUUAUGUUGGAAUUAAAAAUGAACUCCGUGAUCUCGUUUCGGCGAACGAAAAUGAAUUCAUUGACAAUGUAUAUAACUACCCAGGUGGUGAAAUUCAGUGGGCGAGAUUCAGGAACGAUGUAACUGAAUAUCAAAGUGAUGAAGAAAUGGAAUUUGGAAAAAGCAUCAACAACCAUCGCUCCAAAAUGACUUUUGGAACCUUACGGAUCAAGAGCAAAGGGCUUCGAGCUCCCCACUGGCAUUUUAAUGCCAACGAACAUGGCUACCUGCUACAGGGUACUGCCUGGAUUGGAGUGAUUGGUGCAGAUGACAGCGUGGUUACCACGUACAAUGUCACAGCUGGCCAAGUGAUCUUCUUCCCUAGAAACACGGUGCAUUGGAUAAAGAAUGUAGGAGCAGAAGACUGCCUGUUCUUGCUGUUCUUCACAACACACGAAGAACUCCAGACCUUGGAUGUGGAUGAUGCAUUUUUCUCUACCCCAGAGGACAUAGCAGCCAGAGCAUUAAAGCCACAAGGUGGAGUUAACUUCAUCAGGACGUUCAAGAAACAAGUAGAAGAUCAAGCAGUUAACCUCCCACCAAACUUAAACGAGCUGGUGCAAAACGCCACCUACGUGCAGUCUCCGGACAACCUGGUGUGGCAGUACUUCUACAAUCUGAAAGGGUCAGCAGAAUAUCCUUUUCCAGGAGGAAUCUUCCAGUGGGCUCGCUACCGCAGAAACGGCACCGGCCUAAAUGAAACAGAAAAAAUUUUCAGUGAGUCGUUGAACAAG